AUGCAUGUAUCGAAAUUGUACUAUGAAGGCGAGAGGAACGAAGAGAACCAACCAUCCGGCUGUGGAAGAGCAAAAUUGGUGAAUGGCGAUCGAUAUGAGGGCACCUUCCGUAGAGGUGUGUUUCAUGGGUACGGCACACUGAGUCAAAAAACCGGCCACCGCUUUGACGGCAAUUUUCGCAAGGGCCACAAACAUGGCCGAGGCUGCCAGCGGUAUCCGGAUGGCUCGAGGUACGAUGGUGAUUGGUCUCGCGGAGUGCGCCACGGAUACGGUGUGUAUCGAUAUGCAAAUCAGGACGUGUACAAGGGUAACUGGUGUUUCGGCCAAAAGCACGGCGUUGGAAUUUAUGUGUUUGCGGAGAGUGGAUUACGCUUAAAAGGAGCCUGGAAUGCCGGUUCUCUGGAAGGUCCGGUAGUUCUUUCACUCGGCGACGUGAAAGUCCACGGCACCUGGAGCGCCACUUCUGGUGGUUUGUUGGAAACGGCGGAAAGUGUGUUCAAUUUUGGCUGCAAAUACCUACUCCGGGGGACUAUGAAACGUGGAGUGUUCGAUGAGUACGUCUGGUGGCCAACCGCACUGGAGUUGUACCGACUGGCGUCACUUCCACCGGAACCGCUACCCGUGUCGAUACCGUUCAUGGAUUGUCGAAGUUCGAGCCCCUCAGAUAACGGCGAUGGAAACGAAUCAUUCAAAUGUUUAGUUUGA